AUGUUCUCUUCUAAAUGUAUAUCGCCUGGUUUUUCAAGGUUUCUGUCCGCCAGUACUGCGCACGUUGCACAUUCUUUGAAGGGUUCUCCCGCCGUAAUAAUGCCGGCUGUUGAGACGGUCCAGAGUCCGCCGGCUACGCUCACCAACCACUCGGUAUCAAAACUCUUACCCACUGGCAAUAUGAUCGCCACUACGAAGCAUUUUGGUGAGUCGAAAAAGAAAUUUUCUUCUGCUUUGAAUAUCGAAUAAGAUCCGAUCCCGUGUUAGUUUUGUGUCGGAUUGCUUUCAUCGAAGGAUUUUGGCGAUGUAAACUUUAAGCUUACGUAAUUUGUUUAAUAUUAAGACUUUGGCCGUUUUUAUGAGCUUGAGCAAGUGUUUAAGUUUUAGGAUAUGACAUCUCUCAGCAAUAUGUGGGGGAAGGACGAGACAGGGGACAGAUAGUAUGCACAUUUGUGCAGGAUAACUUCAUUCACACGAUCUAAGGUCUUGAAUUUGAAUCCAGCCUGCAUACUGUACAAGUUAUACUGAAGCCUUUCGUGUGCAUGGAUCUCACUGCCUUUGGCUUAAAGCAGAAUGCUUUGUUACAUUUCUUUCUGUGUAGCCCACAGUGACGUAUACUGAAACACAGGCAAACUGGUUUUAGUGCAGAAUACCCUACACUUCCUCCUUCAUACCCUAAACUUUCUAUGGUAGCCAGGAAGGGAUAAAACCUUACUGACACAACAGAUACAACCAAGCUUUUUUCUUUCAGUCCUCCCUUAACACCAUUGUAAAGUUUUUGUUCAAUGAAAUAUGAAACCAGAGUUUUUUUUCUUUUCAGGAAAGACUCAAGUCAGAUUCAGCCACACAGAUGUUUCCAUGCCUGACUUUAAUGCUUAUAGAAGAGAAUCCUCUAUGGACCCUACCAAGCCUAACACUACAGAAAUUAGCAGGCGUGCAUUCACUUAUCUCAUGGUAGCUGGAAUGGGUGUCACAGGUGUACAUAUUGGAAAGAAUGUCGUCAUUGACUUUCUUUCCACAAUGAGUGCCUCAGCUGAUGUCUUGGCUAUGGCCAAAAUUGAAGUCGAUCUUACAACCAUUCCUGAAGGUAAUAGUGGUAGAGAACAAGAGAGCGGAGCUGUUGCAUAACCUUAGGUGUUAACUUGGGUCACCCAGUUAAGGAUAUCAGUCUUGGAGCCAAAAUUAAAUGUUUCACAAGAAUUAUUAUACAUUGUACUCACUAUCUGUCUUCUCAUUGGCUAAGAGCCUACGGUUAAUUUUGGAAAUCAGCACAACCUAUGGAUUAGUCAGUUACCUGCUCGCAGAUAACUGACUAAUCUGUAGGUUGCGUGCACGAUGAAUGAUUUCCAACUUCCAGUGCAAAGUGUGUUCCAUGGAAAGCUGUGUUUGUCGUUAUUUUCUUGAAGACAAUGUUAAGUAAAACAAUUAUUAGACUCAGUUUUUGUGAUAUCCUAUGUAAUCAAGGUCUCGGUAAGUGUUAUCAACCUUGGCCUUUGGCUCGGUUGAUAACAUUUUCCUCGACAUUGAUUAUGCCAGCAAUCACAAAAACCUCAUCCAAUAAUUGCUUAUAAUUUUGACAGUGUAUGGUCAAAUAAAGUAAAGGAGAUAGCUAUACAAUCAACUCUGCUUUAAUGGACUCCUUCAUAAGGUGGUUAUCUCCCUUAAAACAACACCUUUAGAGUUGGUCCCUGCGUUUGUUUCGUCAUGUAAUUUGACUUGGCCGACACCUGUCUAUGGUGGACACUUAGCGCUGGUCGCAAUGGAGUCUCUCUUAGAUAUGGUUGGCUACAUGUCUAUGAGCCUGACACCUCCCCAAAAGGCAAACCAAAGUUUCUUAGGCAUUUUUUCUUACUCUCCAUAACAGAGACUCCAGUCUAAGAUAGACACCUAGUGCCAGUUUCAGUAGUGUAUGCCAUCAGAGAGUUGACUGUAUAUCUGAUGAAGCAUUUCGCUUGUUUAGUUAAUUUAUAGCCUGGACAUAGAAGACCUAGACUGAUGACAUUUCACCCCUAAUUUAACCAAUAUACCUGUCUUAAAGUUUACUGUCUACCUGUCUUCCUACUCAUGUCGUAACUAUACAAACCAGAAUGGUGAAAUUCAGGUCUCUGAAACUCUUGUGCUUGAGGUUCAAUGGUUUGACUUAAACAACAUGAUUUUAGCAACAAAUAUUUACUGGAAAUAUUCCGUCUUAUUAAUUUUAUUCAGGCAAAAACAUGGUGUUCAAAUGGCGUGGAAAACCCUUGUUUGUGCGCCGGCGGACUGCUGAUGAAAUUGAGGAUGUUCGCAGUGUUGAUACUGCCAGUUUACGUGAUCCAGAAGAUGACGCAGUGCGAGUGAUAAAAGAUGAGUGGCUUGUUCUGAUCGGGGUUUGCACCCAUCUUGGUUGUGUUCCUAUUGCCAAUGCCGGUGAGUACGGAGGUUACUAUUGUCCCUGUCAUGGAUCUCACUAUGAUGCCUCUGGAAGGAUCAGGAAGGGACCUGCGCCAUGGAAUCUGGAGGUAAGAAAUAUC